GGUACUCUUGAAAGGACUUUAUAGAGUUGUGUCGUGAGAACGAACGUCCAAGCUGCACAAACAACCGGCUGCAUUGCUCAGAUAUUCCUCCUCACGGUCACCACGACCACCCAUGCUCAUCCGGCACCGUCUUACGAAAUCCGUCUGCUACAAGUUUGACAAACGACUCAGAACGUAAACAUUUGUGACUCACGUGAAGAGAAGCAGAAACUUAAACCGAAUUUGUGGACACAAGAAAGAAAAUAGGACAGUUUUUUGUACAACCGGAAGCAGUGCUAAUCUAUUUGUGGGUCCGUUUGAGCCAUGUGCUCAUACAUGUAAUAAAAACACACACACACACACAAUCACGAACGCAUAUAUAUACACGCUUGUAAAAGCUAUGAAAAUUUAAUUUUGCUUUUACCACCUAAUGUGAAUGUCUUCAUUUCCAAAAGUGGCCCUCUCUACUGGCAAAAAUAACUCUGUUUACUACCAAAAAAUGACUUUCAUUAGCGCCGCCCAAAGUGACACACUUUGCCACCUAAAGUGAAUAUCUUCAUCAAUAAACGUCAUGAUUCUGGGUGAUUGUCUUCAAUGCGAAACGUUAUGAAAAUGGGAGACUCAGGCGAUUUCUUGCAGAGAUUGUUGGAGAACAGUAGAGUGGUUAAGAUGAAGUAUAAUCGGGAUGUUUUUGAGGUCAAACUGGACGUGGAGAAUUACGAACCUGAAGAUCUAUGUGUAAAAGUUCAGGACGAACAUUUAAUAGUGUCAGGAAAACAUGAGAGCAAACGAGAGGAUCUUGGUUGUGUGGCUCGCCAAUUCACACGCCAGUUUCUAAUGCCUGAGGAUAUUGAUCCAGAUACUCUGACUUCCAGUCUGUCCCCAGAAGGCAUCCUAACAAUCAACGGCCUGAUCAAAAGAACAUCGACCGACUGUAGCAGUUCAAUAAACAUUGACCAUAUGAAUAAUGUCAACGAAUCGGAUGAAAAAACAGACCGCAACAGUAACCGUAAAACGCAGCACAGGAUUAACAACAACAAUAAGAAAAACGAGAACACUUUAAGAGCGACACUAUCUUAAAUGUUGACGCCAUUAAAUUGCUUGGCGGGAAAGUAAAAGGGUAGUUUUACAGAGUUGGUAUUCUAUAUUUACUCAGGGCUCGUCUGCGUCGUAUAAAUCACUCAGUUUAAUCAACUACUUAAUCACCCAGUUAAUACGCAGGAUUAAUCAAACAAGCAAUCAGUCAAUUAAUCGAGGAAUUAAAUUAAUCAAUCAAUCAAUCAAUCAUUCAAUCAAUCAUAUCAAUCAUAUCAAUCACAUCUGAUCAAUCAAUCAUGCCAAACAUAUCAGGCUAUCUAUCACUCGAUCAGUAUUUAUCUCAUGCAUAUAUGAUACACAGAAUUAACUGUUUAACGUUAUUCUAAAAUCCAAAUAUAUCGAUCAAUGGGUGAUUAUCUGAGCAGACUCCAAAGGGUGUCUCUCUCCCGGCUUCACCUUUUAUUAGGAUUCGGGCUGGGCACUGCGUGUCGACGAAACCGUCGUCGAUUAUACGACGCUCCCGCUGCUUGCAGCGGUGAAUUGAGACUGCGCCUGUGCAUGGUGCCUACUUAGAACUAGCAAAGACUGGAAUGACAACAACGACAAAGACGAGGAGAUGAAAGUCUCUGCGUCAGUAAAGGGGACGCAAAACCGUGGCACAAUGCGUCGGUAGCCUGGCAAGCAACCUACCAACAGUUUACAGAAUAUGAAAUGGGUGAAAGCUAGAAAGACGAACACACACACACACACACACACACACGUAUGUAUAUAUACAUACAUACUUACAUACAUACAUACGUACAUACAUGCAUACAUACACGCAUAUAUACAUACAUAUAUACAUAAAUACAUAAGUACGUACGUACAUAUAUACACACACACACAGACGCAUAUACGCACACACGCAUACAUGCAUACAUAUAUAUACAUACGUACUUACAUACACACGUACAUACAUGCAUUUAUACAUAAAUACAUAAGUACAUACGUAUAUAUACACACACACACACAUUCAGCGACACACAUGCACGCACGCACACACAUAAAUAAAGAGAAAGAGUGAGGGAAAAAGAUGGGGGAAUAGAAAGAGGAAUAGUAAACAGAAAUAGAAAUUGAUCGGGAUUGUUAAUUGUAUGUUUACUAGGUUACCGAUUAUUUCUUUGGCGACACAAAACAGGAUUAGUAAUAACUAUAACACUGAACAGACACAGCAACAGCAACGUCACCAUCAGCAGCAGCAACAAUAACAGGAACAGCAGCAGCAGCAGCAGCAGCAUAUCGGGAGCAGCAACUAUAAAAGUAAUUACAAAUGAACACAAAUACUAUUACCAUAACAACCACAAGUGCAACUAUAUCAACAGCAGAGACCAUGGCUGCCACCGCCGCCGCCACUAACACAACCACCACCAAUAUUACAACUACAAUAGCGAUACUAACACUAUACUGUAACAUCGACAACAGCAGCAACAACAACAACAACAACAACCAAAACAGCAUUAGCAACAACCACUACAACAACUGUUGCAGCAACAUGAAAAACAAUAAAAACAGCUACACCAAUAAAUGUCACUAAAUACAAUAAUCAUAAAUACAUCAACAGCGACAUCUGUAGCAACAACAACAACAACAAUAGCAACAACAACUUGAAUGUAGCCUGACUUGGAUCAAAUAUAGAUUACACACAGAACUAAUGUACCCUAAUUUUAGCGGCUUAAUUAUGGCUCGCUAGGAAACAGAUAUACUCCGAUAUUUAGGAGUUAAAUAUGGAGUACAUACUGAACCCCGCGCAUUUCGACCUUAAGAAAACAACUAUAGAUUAUAUAUCCUAAACCAAUGUGCCAUGAUUUUAGUGGAUUAUGUAUGUAUCACCCAAUGGACAGUUGUGUCAUGGUUUUCGUAGGUUAAUAAUGGACCCAGUUACGGACACGUGUACUCUGGUUUAGAUUACAUGGUAUGGAUUUACAUACGAAACGAACAGACUCUUAUUUUGAUGUGUUAAUAAUCAAUCAUACUGACCUUGGUGGAUUAACUAUGUAUUACACAUUGAACCAACGCAUUCUGACCCUGAUGGACUAACUGUGGCUCAUACAUGGAUAAUGUACCCUGGUUUUGAUAGGCUAAUCUUGAAUCACAUACUGCACAAAUGUUCUCUUAGUUUGGUGUAUAUUAUACAGCAUACGACAGUGGAUCAAAGUUGCAUGAUUUGAGCUACUUAUCGAUUCUUAAUGGAUAUAUAUAUAUAUAUAUAUGCUGGAAAAAAUUAUGGAUCAAGAUGAAUGAUCCAUCGUUUUUCAGUAUUCUUCCUGAUUCAUCUUGAAUCAAGAAAUAUAAAUGAUACAUGUAAUCUAUGAUAAGAUGUUCAAUGAAAGACUAAGUUUGAUUGAAAAAUCUAAAGUUAACAGCUGUAACAAAAUCACAUUUAAGGCCUACAUUUACGAUAAAAUCACAUCUAAAAUUUACAGAUGUGACAGAACUCAUCUAAAUUAGUUACAGCUGUAGCAGUACUCCAACUAAAAGUCACACCUGUAAGAGAAUCAUAUCUAACAAUCACAGUGUAACGGAGUCACAGAUAUUAUAAUCACAUCUCAAGGUAACAAUUGUAACACAAUUUCAACUUCAUUCACAGCUGUAACGCAGUCCCAGCUGCAGGUUAUAAAUAUGAAACAGACAAAUACUAAGGAUGACUAAUUCAAAAUGGAUGCGGUCACAACUAUAUACAAUAUAAUAAUAUGCAUUGCAGUCACAUGAGAAAGGAGUCGGUAGAGCCUUCAGAUGGAAAUACAAUCACAUACCACUUAAAUCGAUAUAUUUUUUCUUUUUCCUUUUUUUUUUUUUUUUUUUUUUUUUUUUUUUUUUUUUUGAUAGUGAUUUUUUCUUUCAGUAUAUUUAUAACCGAAUAAAAUUAUCUGCACUCGACAAUCCGCAGGAGAUGGGAAAACUCACUCCGCAACAUCUACAGCUUUUAUUUAAUGACCAGUCUUUCUUCAGCUUAAACACAAAUCUUAUAACUUAAUCUAACGCUGUGUGAAGAGUGAAGGAUGAAAAAUGAAGAAAAAUUUUGCAUGAUUAAGACUUUAUUCGAAUUUUUCUGGCAAGUUUCAUGAAGAAAUUUGAAUGAAUUAAGAAUAAUUCAUUUUCAUUGGCCUUAUGUAACCAACUGACAGUCUCCAAGGUAUAAGCACACUACUACAUCAAGUUGGGCAGUCUCAUUCGAAUAAAUAUAUGUAAAUAGGACAUUUGAUCAAAUACAUUCUUGUCAAUGAAAUUGUUCGAGACUAACCGCUUUUCUUUAAUCAGGGUGAAAUAAUAAGGAAAAGAACCUUGAUAUCGCUGCAUAAUAUCCCUCAAGAAACGUCAUAGAUCUUUGAAACGAGGAUAGUCUCCCUAAGUUGUAAAUCUUGGGAUAUCAUGCCCGGUGUAAGGAGCCGAGGUAUGGAACACCGAUGGAAUGAUGAAGACUAAUAUGCCCCAUAUCUAAGUAAUGUGUCUACAUCUGAUUGAAAUGUCCCAUAUCUGAUGCAUGCGCCCCAUACUGACUGAUGUGUCCUGUCUAUUAACAGACUGUUGUAUUCAAUAACUGAUCGAUGUCACCCAUAGCUGACUCAUAUGUCUCAUAUCUGAUUUAUGUGCCUCAUAUCUGAUUGACCCUCCAUUAACUGUCUGAUGUGUCUCAUAACUGACUUACGUGCCUCGCAUUUGACUGAUGUUUCCAACAACUGAUUGAUGUGUGCCAUUUCUGACUAACGUGUAUCAUGUUUGACUGAUAAUACUCAAACCUUGUCAAUGUGUCUCAUAUCUUACUGAUGUACCUCAUAUAUUCACAUGUUCCAUAUAUAAUCCAUGUGUCCAAUAUGUUACUGACAUGUCUGAUAUUUCAUUAAUGACUCCAAUAUUUGGCUCGUUAUUCUCUCCAAAUAUGUGAACGACUUCGUAAAUAUGAACUAAUCUUGAUCAUACCUGCUAUAAAUUCUUUAUUGUUAAGAUGAGUCAAAUCUCGGUUAUGGCUGGCAAAAUGCUUUGGUCUUUCGACUUGAAACCCCAAUUUUUUUCAGUCGUAAGCAUUUUAAUAAAAUCCUGUCUAAGAGCCUGAUACUGGCAUAAUUGUUACAAAGCAUGAAGAAAGUUUAAAUAAUAUAUGGUGUGAAAGUCAAACUGGUGGAAAAGUUGAAAUAAAAUUGAGGUAAUAAAUAUAAUCGAAAAGUCGGGUUGUAAAGAUGGAUUAAAGUUGAAUAAACAACAGUUUAGUGUAAAUUUCAUGCCUUGUGCCUAUUGUAGAAAAGAUAUAUGGUAGAAAUUUCGAUAAGAAUUGGUAGUAAUGUAAUAACACGGAUCUAAAUAUCUUUUAUCUUUUACCUUCUUUUACUCGUUUCAGUCACAGGACUGCGUCCAUGCUGGGGCAACGCUUUGAAGAAAUUUAGUCGAACAAAUUGGGUCCCAAUGCUUGCGUUUCUUUAGAGCCUGGUACUUAUACCAUCGGUUUUCUUCCUCGAAACUGCUAAGUUACGGGGAUAUAAACAAACCAUACCGGUUGCCACAAAAAUACGCUGUUGAUGUGGAAAUUCCAAUGAAAGAGCCUUGGAUCUUGGAUCGGUUCUUUCUCUAUUGGCAAGAAAUCUUGAAAUAAACGGAAUAAUGACAUACAUACAUACAUACAUACAUGCAUACAUACAUGCAUGCAUACAUACAUACAUACAUACACACAUACAUGCAUGCAUACAUACAUGCAUACAUACAUACUCCCGUGUACUCUUGGAGUAGAUAUGGUUCGCGAAACACACUUAAAUCUAGAUGUUUUGUACUUCUUUAUUCUGGAGAAUAUAGUUGAGAGUCUAGAAGAACUGAGUCUGAAGAAGCUAGCAGAAUAUAGCCGGGGGUUUAACUGGAAGUUUUGGUUGCAACACAACGACGACGACGACGACGACGACUCUGCUAUCAAAAUCCGACAUUGGAAACUAAUAAUUUUAUUUUAUUGAAAUUAUGCAAAUAUAUCUAACGUUACUAAAAAAAUAUUUCUAGUUAAACAUCUCUCUCCAAACAAUCCAUCUUACACACUCCACCGCUUUCCGACCCUUUUCACUUUAACCCCUCCUUCACAAACAUCUUUCGUUUCACUCUUCAUAAGCAGUUCCCGUUAUACUCACACCAAGUAUUUCACGUUGCACCUGUCAUCAACCAUUAUCUUUUCUUGUAAUGGCUUCAGCUGAAGCCAUGCUGGAGCACCGCCUUUCAGUACGAUUGGGUUUCUUUUCUGUAUUGCUGCAUUGAGGAAAUGAGCCCUGCGAGGCGGAUUGGCUGCUGUAACGAGUGUCGCUGGCCAUUCUCCUCGGCAACGCAACUGUGGGAAUAUAAGCAGGGCGCAGAUGAACACGCUGUUUGUUCUGGCGUGUACUCCUUCUAUCCCCAUCUUCUGCUGCUUAAUCCUACCUACCCCCUUUUCUUUUUCUUUGUUUCCUUAUAACUAAAUUGUAAUUCAGUCUUUAUGUAAAUAAAACAUUGUUUUCUGUAUUGUUUCUGGUGAAA